GCAGCUCCUUAUUGGUUAUAUUUAUUUCCUCAUCAAUAUAAUUUUCUCAUCAGAUGCUUGCUUUCACAUUCCGAAGCCUAAAUCUUCGAUCCCAAUAAUGAUGGCUUCUUCGACUAUUCCAAACGCAUCCUUAACCUUCAAUUGCCAAACCUACGUCGAUCUUAAAUCACCACCAACCAACAUUUCUUAUUUAUCUUCUUCUCCCCUUUCUGCACCAAACCACCGCCUUCCGCGUCUCUUCACCGUCAGAGCUAGCGACUCCGAAUUCGAGGCCGCCGUUGUUGCCGGUAAAUUUCCGGAGGCGCCUCCUGUACCGCCUACACCGGCGGUACCCGUCGGAACCCCGGUGGUACCUUCACUUCCAAUUCAGAGGCGUCCUCGUCGUAACCGCAGGUCAGCUACAUUUCGAUCGGCGUUUCAGGAAACAAAUUUAUCACCUGCUAAUUUUGUGUAUCCACUUUUUAUACAUGAAGGCGAGGAGGACACUCCAAUUGGGGCUAUGCCUGGAUGCUACAGGCUUGGUUGGAGACAUGGACUUUUACAAGAGGUUGCAAAAGCACGGGAUGUUGGUGUUAACAGUGUUGUACUCUUCCCAAAAAUUCCAGAUGCUUUGAAGUCUCCCACAGGAGAUGAAGCAUACAAUGAUAAUGGUUUAGUGCCUCGAACAAUACGGUUGCUCAAGGAUAAGUACCCCGAUCUUGUUAUUUACACAGAUGUUGCCUUAGAUCCUUAUUCAUCAGAUGGGCAUGAUGGCAUAGUCAGAGAAGAUGGAGUUAUUAUGAAUGAUGAGACUGUUCAUCAGCUUUGUAAACAAGCUGUAGCCCAGGCCCGAGCUGGAGCGGAUGUUGUCAGUCCCAGUGAUAUGAUGGAUGGUCGGGUUGGAGCAAUGCGAGCAGCUCUCGAUGCUGAAGGCUUUCAGCAUGUUUCUAUAAUGUCAUAUACAGCAAAGUAUGCAAGUUCAUAUUAUGGCCCAUUUAGAGAAGCAUUGAACUCAAACCCCCGGUUCGGAGACAAGAAGACCUAUCAGAUGAAUCCAGCAAAUUACAGAGAGGCUUUGACUGAGAUGAGGGAAGAUGAAUCUGAAGGAGCUGAUAUUCUCUUGGUGAAGCCCGGUCUUCCUUAUUUGGAUAUCAUAAGGCUGCUUAGGGAUAAUUCUCCUCUGCCAAUUGCAGCAUACCAGGUUUCUGGUGAAUACUCAAUGAUAAAAGCUGGUGGUGCUCUCAAAAUGAUUGACGAAGAAAAGGUUAUGAUGGAGUCAUUAUUGUGCCUCAGACGAGCUGGUGCUGACAUCAUCCUUACAUAUUUUGCUCUACAAGCUGCCAAAUGUUUGUGUGGAGAGAAGAGGUGAGAGCCGCUAAAUAGAUAGGCCAUUUUCCAUCCUAGAAGGCCAAAGAGCUCAAAGCAUUUGCUGGUACGCAGGGUUCAAAAUUUAUGUCAGCAUAUGUUUCUCAAAAUGUGUUGUUGUGGGAUUUGUCAACCCAUUAUCUUAUAUACAAUAUAAUUUAUGCAACUACAUAGUAACUAAUACUAUGUAAAUGUCGGAAUGUACUCAAUUGCAGAAUAAUUAGACCUGUAACACGUCUAGCACAAGUAGUUGGUGCGUGAGUGUCUUUGAGGGUUGUAAACUUCGGAGUAUCGAAUUCGAUUUCUACUCAUAAAAAUAAAACAAUAAUGUAUUUGGUGCCAAAAUGAAGACGUAUAUUUGUGGUGAUUGUUUAUGUACA